AUGGCCGUCCUACGAUACCUCUUUGCGCUAGCGAUUGCAGUCACUGGACCUAUAGCGACAAACGCCAUCUCCAGUCCAGUUUUUCAAUCACAUGGCAAAGCAACUAAAGAAGAGCUCGCUGCUCGGGCUCUUGCCAAAGCCAAGUAUCCCAGAUCGAAUACCAGAGUUACAGCGGACGCAGGUUACUGGUAUGCAUCAUUCGACAUUGGCGACAGCAAAGGACUUUCCCUGAUUCUCGACACGGGAUCCGAUUACGUCUCUGUCAAUCCACGCUUGUACAAACCCGGCUCCGCCUCGGUCGAUGUGGGCGAAGAGGGUGUGUACACAUAUAGUUCGAUGGAGGAAAAUGGAUGUGGCUCCGCAGCUGUAUCCUAUCACGCUUAUCGAGACACUAUGACUUAUGAGGGGUUGACGGUGAAGGGGCAAAGUCUGGGUGCUUCCAAAGAAAUGCCCGAGUCACCUGGCAAUUAUACGAAAUUCGAUCACGAUGGCUUGAUUGGGCUUACUCUCAGUCCUGCUUCAAGCCUCGCCAAUACCAAAUCGACGUAUCUCAACUCGCUCUGUCAUCAGAAACUCAUCGAGCCAUGUCGUCUCGGGCUCGCAUUUGGUUUUGACAAAACUGGAACCAUGGCGUUAGGUGCUGCUGAAGAUAGUCUUUUCGAAGGACCGCUAUCUACCAUGCCUGCUGGUCCCAACUGGGCAACGACAGGAAAACUCGUCAUUCAUGGCACCGAGGUGAUUGCACACGGCAAAGAAAUCUACUAUGACUCUGGCACUAGAAACGUCGUCGUCCAAACCGCCGUCGCCCGCGCCCUCUUCAAAGCCCUCAAAAUCCAAUCUGUCGAGCAGCACGAAGCCGGCUGCAGCAGCAUCGUCUACGGCUAUUACCCUUGCGACAAACCUCCCCAAGUGGGCUUUCAAGUCGGCGACAAGACGUUUAAUAUUGAUGCUUCGCAAUUCGCUCUCGAGGAUAAUGGGAAUAAUAAUUGCACUGCUGUUGUUACGGGGAUAGAUUUUGAUUUUGCGCCCGAUUGGUGGCUUGUUGGGCAGGCUUGGUUUCAGGGUAAGUAUGCGGAUUUUCAUAGGAGUGGGGGGGAUGAGUAUACGUUUGGGGUUGCGCAUUUGAAGUGAGGUGAGGUUCAGGGCAGGUCAGGUCAGGUCAGGUAGGGGUCGGAUAUACCUACUAUAGAAUCUGGUACCUACCUAGGUAGAAUCUACCGCAUGUUCUCCCGCAAUAAUGGCCCCACUCUUUUCCUGCUUGCUUCUAGAUUGUUUUGGUUCCAAAAUCGCUCAAAGACAAAUUUGCUCUGGGCGGAUACAUCGCUGCUGCUGCUUUCUCCACCUGCUGCGUCUUCUAAUUGCAACUCUCCUUCUCCCUUUUGGAAAAAUCUCUCAGCGGCGGUUUUUCCUUUGUCGUCGAAUGCGUACAAUACGAGUUCUCGACGAAAGCCGUCGUCGUCGUCGUCGUCGUCUUCGCCAUGAUGAUGCGCAGUCAUAAUCGCAAACACAUUCAAACAUCUUUCUGAUGCCCAUUUCUGAACCACAUGUCUCAAAUCUUCCUCUUUUCGCUCUCGCAAAUACUGCAUCGAUUGCACCACACUACUAAUGCCCAAUUUCAAAUCUCCUUCUUGCCACUGUUUAUAAUCCUUUCGUAAAAUAUCCCUCAACGACAUUCCCUCAAUAUUCGAUUUCGCCUCAUUCAACUCUGCGUAAAAAGUCUCACGAGAAUAACUUUUACCGUAUUUGUGGGAAAUGUGAAUUUUCGCCUCUAAAAAUCUGACAGCUUUGGUAUCUGCUUCGGAGAUUUUGUGUGUGGCUUCUAUAUUGAUACUGUCGAUGAGAAUGGGUCCCAGAGCGAGUUUGGCGACUUGUGCAUCCCAGGUGGAUGCAUAGGCGAAAUCGUCGACGAGUCGACCAUCUUCUUGCGCGGAGCCAAUGGUGGAAGAGACCAUGGAGCCUAAAUCUUGCCACGUUUCUCGAAGGUAGUUGGUCACGAGACUGCUGCAACUGGCGGAUUUGGUGAUGAUUCGGGGCGAGAUGUCGGGGUGGUGGGGGAUGAGAUUUUCAUCUUCGUGGUGGUCGAUGACGGCGUGGAUGCGAUGGCGGUAGAGGUCGCCGAGUUUGCCUUGUAAGCUGUUGUGGUCGACGAGCGUCCAGUCGGUUUUUUCGGCGGGGAGGAAUGGUGGGGAGUUUUCUCUUUCUUCUCCUCCCAAUGACAAGUCGUCCAAGGUGAUUAAUUCUGAUGGGCUGAUGUCGGCGUGUUGGAGUAAUGCGGUGAGUUCUGGACGGAGAGAAAGAUCGGAGGCGGAGAGAUUUGUGAUGGGGAUGUAGAGUUUUCCUGUUCGUUUGGACUCGACUUUGCUGGAUUGGAUGUAGCCAUAGACUAAAGCACACGUGAUGGAGUCGAGGUCUGCGGACUCGUUGCCGAUGAUGAAGGAUGCGGGAGUUUGGUUUUUGAUUGCUUGUUGGAGACUGCGUUUUGCUGUGACCAAGAAGGUCCGUACGGACAUGCGAGACAU